AUGUUGUCCUCCCUCUUAGAAAAGAUCGCGCCCACUUCGACGCUGUCGACGACCUUCUUCCCGCCUGCUGCCCUCUUCUCCGCCGAGGACAUGCCUGACCUGUCGGGCAAAGUGAGCCCCUCAUCCUCUCCUCGACUACCUCAUAUCACCUGAACUCAUCGUCUCUUCCUCUAAUAUCCCCCGGUCGCAUCCUCGCUUGUCGUUGCACUUCUUGCCCAUUUCGCUCGCCGGCCUGGCAGGUCAUAAUCGUCACCGGAGGCAACGCCGGCAUCGGCUACGAAACCGUCAAGGCGCUUCUCAAGAAGAAUGCCAAGGUCUACCUCGCCGCUCGAUCCCAAGACAAGGCCGAGAAGGCAAUCGCCAGUCUCAAACAAGAGACCGGUAGAGAGGCAAUCUUCCUCAAGCUUAACCUCGGCGAUCUGGCGUCGAUCAAGCCGAGCGCCGAAGAAUUCUUGAGUAAGGAGAAAAAGCUCGACGUGUUGUUCAAUAAUGCGUGAGUGAGGUAGGACCCUAACAUAACAGCGUUGAUCAAUGGCUGAUUGACUGAUUCCUUGGCCGACCUGGCAAUCUAGCGGUGUCAUGACUCCGCCGACAGGCCAGCUCACCGAGAGCGGCUACGACCUGCGUAAGCCAUGAUUGGAGUGGCUUUCGGAUUUACGGACGUUGUUCUGGUCACUUACGAUCGCUCUAAUGAUUUGUACAGAAUGGGGCACCAAUGUCCUCGGGCCAUACUACUUCACAAAGUUGCUUGUGAGUAUACGCCGAGGCGCACCGUGAAAAUUCGGUACUAAUUUUCAACCCUGGUCCCUCAGAUCCCUGCCUUGAAGGCAUCCAAGUCGGCUUCGGGUACACCGAGUCGUGUCAUCAACACGUCGUCUCUGGCGCACGCUUAUGCUCCUACCAGCGCCCCCAACAAGGUUUGGGAGGUCGAUUCCUUUGUCGGCGGCGAGAAGCGAGAUGCGCUUAUCAAGAAGUGGGGAGAAUACGGCGCCAGGAGGUGAGAGCACACCGCACACCCACAGGAUCCUGCCGUAAUACAUGAACAGACUUUAACGAGAUUGUUUCUAUACAGUGCACUCUACGGUCAGUCGAAAGCGGGCAACAUCGCGCACGCCAACUACUUGGGGCGAGAGUACGCCGGUGACAUCGUCGCCUGCUCUCUGCAUCCCGGCAUGAUCAACUCGGAGCUGCAACGACAUCUCCCCGACUUCGUGGCUAGCAUCGUGAGGUGGAUGUCGUACCCCUUGACAAUGGGUGCCCUUACGCAGCUUAACACUGGAACGAUCCUCACGCCUGAAGAAAUCAACGGCAAAUACUACCAACCUUGGGGCCGCGUCGGACGCCCGACACCCCAGUCCAACGAUCCUGCUCGAGCUGAUGAGCUGCACCAGUUGUGUGAGGCCGAACUCGCCAAGUUAUAA